AUGGAAUAUUUAAAGGUUGUUAUGGACAAUGUCAUCCAGAAUGUAAAGUUCGUGAGUGAAUUUAAUUCAUCGGUUGCGAGAGAUGUUGUAAUGUCUCAUGUUCAUAUUCUUACUCUGAUUGCCUUGGUCCAUUUCAUAAUGAUGACGAUGAUUAUUACUCUUAUAAUGUCGAGAAUUAUGUCGAGAAUUAAGGCGCUUAGCAGUUGCUUCUUAAUAUCUUCGAGUUGA